AUGGCUAACAAAGAAGACAACCCACCGAAGGAGGUUGAGGAUGUUGUUGAUGAAGAAGGCAAAUCAGCUAGUGACCCACAAGUUAUGCCACCCUCGUUGGCCGUUCUAUCUGAGAUUGAAAUUGCCAAGAUUAGACGACGUGCGACCUUGAAGCUGGAUCUCCGGAUUAUGCCGUGCAUGGUGUUGAUGUAUAUCAUGAACUACCUGGACCGACAGAAUAUUGCUGCGGCUAAAUUGGCCCAGAUCGACCAAGACUUGAACAUGACAGCCGUGCAGUAUCAAACAUGCGUCAGCAUCUUGUUUGUAGGCUAUAUCCUCAUGCAAGUCCCAUCGAAUCUCAUUGUGGGAAAAAUCAGAUUUCCUGGUGUCUACAUCUGUUUUUCCAUGGCCCUCUGGGGUGUUCUAUCUGCCUGCACAGCUGCUGUCCACAAUCCCUCAGGCCUCAUGGCUUCUCGUUUCUUCCUCGGAUUUGUGGAAGCAGUAUUCUUCCCCGGAGCGCUUUUCUACAUGUCAUUGUUCUAUACCAAAAAACAGUAUGCGAUGCGGACAGCUAUUCUGUAUUCGGGUUCUCAGAUUGGCAACGCCUUUGGUGGUUUGUUUGCUGUCGCAAUCUUGAAAUUGGAUGGAAAGCAUGGCCUGGAGGGCUGGCGAUGGCUUUUUCUGAUUGAGGGUGUUGCAACCGUUGGUCUAGCAAUCCUCCUUGCAUUCAUUUUGCCGAACUCGUUGAAGUCUGUCAGUGGGCUUAGCUCGCUUGAGCACGAGUAUCUGUUAUGGAGUUUUGAAGAGGACAACGGCCAGCAAGAUAAUGCUGACGAAGCCAGCGUGCAAAAGGGCGUCAUGAUGGCCAUAACGGACCCCAAGACAUGGUUCUUCAUGGGCACACUUUACUGUAUCUAUAUCGCGGGAGCUGUGACCAAUUUCUUUCCCUCAGUGGUGGCCACCCUCGGAUACUCCCGAAAUAAAACCUACGGCCUGACCGCUGUUAGUAGCUCCCAGUCUGUGAUAGAAGCGGUUCAAUUGCUUAUUCGAAAUCUUUUGCAGCCACCAUAUAUGCUCUGCGUGUUUACUAUGAUUCUGAACGGUUUCCAUUCUGACAAGAAACAAGAACGCUACUGGCACAUUGUAUGCCCAAUGGUCAUCUGUCUCGCGGCUAACAUUAUAGCCGUCUCGACGCUGAACACCGCGGCACGCUACGUUGCCAUGAUGUUGAUGCCAGGAUCGUUUUAUUCGGCAGCCAUCGUUCUUCUAUCAUGGGUAGCAGGCACACUAUCACAGCCAUCGAUCAAGCGUGCAUCAGCUAUUGCUAUAAUCAAUGCAAUCUGUAACACGCCAAAUGUCUGGGCAUCCUACCUUUAUUACUCUUCACCACGAUAUCUUGCUGCAUUCUUGGUCAACUUAGCUGCUUCUAUCUUGGCUAUUAUAUUAGCAACAGUCACCCGAGUCUACUUGCAGCGCCAGAAUCAUAAACUCGAGCGUGGCCUUGAUAUGGGGCGAAAUGGCCCGACUCCUGCCCAGAUUGCUGUUGGAUUCCGCUAUGUGGUCUAG